CGGCCGGUUCCGGCUGAAUGUCAGUGCAGGGCUGUGGGCCGGGGAGGAAGGUGGUUGGCGGUCUCUUCACCACCUCCGCGGCUUGCGUUGCGGCCGCGGGCUCCCGGCCGCUCGGCCGCUGGAGCAUGAGACCGUGAGGCGAGCGACGGGCUGGGGCCGCCAACAUGUUUGGCCGCUCGCGGAGCUGGGUGGGCGGGGGCCAUGGCAAGUCUUCCCGCAACAUCCACUCCUUGGACCACCUCAAGUAUCUGUACCACGUUUUGACCAAAAACACUACAGUCACAGAACAGAACCGGAACCUGCUGGUGGAGACCAUCCGUUCCAUCACCGAGAUCCUGAUUUGGGGAGAUCAGAAUGACAGCUCUGUAUUUGACUUCUUCCUGGAGAAGAACAUGUUUGUUUUCUUCCUGAACAUCCUGCGGCAGAAAUCAGGCCGCUACGUGUGCGUUCAGCUGCUGCAGACCUUGAACAUCCUCUUUGAGAAUAUCAGUCAUGAGACCUCACUUUAUUAUUUGCUCUCUAAUAACUAUGUAAAUUCUAUCAUUGUCCAUAAAUUUGACUUUUCUGAUGAGGAGAUUAUGGCGUAUUACAUAUCGUUCCUGAAAACACUUUCGUUAAAACUCAACAACCACACUGUCCACUUCUUUUACAAUGAGCACACUAAUGACUUUGCCCUGUACACAGAAGCCAUCAAAUUUUUUAACCAUCCUGAAAGCAUGGUUCGAAUUGCUGUGAGAACCAUCACUUUGAAUGUCUACAAAGUGUCAUUGGAUAACCAGGCCAUGCUACACUAUAUCAGAGAUAAAACUGCUGUCCCUUACUUCUCCAAUUUGGUCUGGUUCAUCGGCAGCCACGUGAUCGAACUUGAUAACUGUGUGCAGACUGAUGAGGAGCACCGGAAUCGGGGCAAACUGAGCGACCUUGUAGCUGAACACCUGGACCACCUGCACUAUCUCAAUGACAUCUUGAUCAUCAACUGUGAGUUUCUCAACGACGUGCUCACGGACCACCUGCUCAACAGACUCUUCCUGCCCCUCUACGUGUACUCACUGGAGAACCAGGACAAGGGAGGAGAACGGCCGAAAAUCAGCCUGCCAGUUUCGCUCUAUCUUCUGUCGCAGGUCUUCCUAAUUAUACAUCAUGCACCCCUGGUGAACUCGUUAGCUGAAGUCAUUCUGAAUGGCGAUCUGUCAGAGAUGUACGCUAAGCCCGAACAGGAUGUUCAGAGAAGUUGUUUUGCUGAUGUGAUAGCAGUAGUUCCCUGGGGCUUCAUCCGGAACGUGAGCAUGAGCAUGUCUGUAAACCGAGGUCUGGGACGCUGUCCGGGCUCAUCCUGGUCUCUGCAUUUGCUUCCAGAGAUAGAGAUGGUGAUCAUGGAGCGCAGCAAGCUCCCGGAGUUGGCCAGCACCUCCGUGCAGGAGCAGAACACCACGGAUGAGGAGAAGAGCGCCGCCACGGGCUUGGGGAGUGUGCAGUGGAGCAGACCCUUCCUGGACAUGGUGUACCAUGCCCUGGACAGCCCGGACGAUGAUUACCACGCGCUCUUCGUGCUCUGUCUCCUGUACGCCAUGUCUCAUAACAAAGGCAUGGAUCCUGAAAAACUAGAGCGAAUCCAGCUCCCAGUGCCCAGUGCGGCCGAGAAGACCACCUACAACCACCUACUGGCCGAAAGACUCAUCAGGAUCAUGAACAACGCUGCCCAGCCAGAUGGGAAGAUCCGGUUGGCGACGCUGGAGCUGAGCUGCCUGCUCCUGAAGCAGCAAGUCGUGACCAGCACGGGCUGCAUCAUAAAGGAUGUGCAUCUCGCCUGCCUGGAGGGUGCGAGGGAAGAAAGCGUCCACCUCGUGCGGCACUUCUAUAAGGGAGAAGAAAUAUUUUUGGACAUGUUCGAAGAUGAGUACAGGAGCAUGACAAUGAAGCCCAUGAACGUGGAGUAUCUCAUGAUGGAUGCCUCCAUCCUGCUGCCCCCCACGGGCACGCCGCUGACAGGCAUAGACUUUGUGAAGCGACUGCCAUGUGGUGACGUGGAGAAGACCCGGCGGGCCAUCCGGGUGUUCUUCAUGCUCCGUUCCCUGUCACUGCAACUGCGAGGGGAGCCCGAGACCCAGUUGCCACUGACGCGAGAAGAGGACCUGAUCAAAACCGACGAUGUCCUAGAUCUGAACAACAGCGACCUGAUCGCGUGCACGGUGAUCACCAAGGAUGGCGGCAUGGUCCAGCGGUUCCUGGCUGUCGAUAUUUACCAGAUGAGUUUGGUGGAGCCCGACGUGUCCAGGCUUGGCUGGGGAGUGGUCAAGUUCGCGGGCCUCCUACAGGACAUGCAGGUGACUGGUGUGGAGGACGACAGCCGUGCGCUGAAUAUCACCAUCCACAAGCCUGCAUCCAGCCCCCACUCCAAGCCCUUCCCCAUCCUCCAGGCCACCUUCAUCUUCUCAGACCACAUCCGCUGCAUCAUCGCCAAGCAGCGCCUGGCCAAGGGCCGCAUCCAGGCGAGGCGCAUGAAGAUGCAGAGGAUAGCAGCCCUCCUGGACCUCCCGAUCCAGCCAACGACCGAAGUCCUAGGCUUUGGACUCGGCUCCUCCUCUUCCUCCCAGCACCUGCCUUUCCGCUUCUACGACCAGUGCCGCCGGGGCAGCAGCGACCCCACAGUGCAGCGCUCCGUGUUCGCGUCCGUGGACAAGGUGCCAGGCUUUGCCGUGGCUCAGUGCAUAAACCAGCACAGCUCGCCAUCCCUGUCCUCACCGUCACCAUCUGCCAGCGGGAGCCCCAGCGGCAGCGGGAGCACCAGCCACUGUGAUUCAGGAGGUGCCAGCUCAUCAUCCACCCCCUCUGUUGCCCAGAGCCCGACAGAUGACCCCAUGACUAUGGAACAGCCUCAGCCUAACCUCCCCGACCAGUUGGUGAUCGUCAAUGAAACGGAAGCAGGUGCCAGGCCCGGCAAGAGCCUGGCAAAGAGCGCGGAUGCGGAGCCGGUCAGCCUGUCCCCCAGCCUCAUCCCCGCGCAGCAGCCCACCAUCUCCCUGCUCUGCGAGGACACCGCCGACACGCUGAGCGUGGAGUCACUGACCCUCGUCCCGCCCGUUGACCCCCACAGCCUCCACACCCUCGCCGGCAUCCCCCCGCCACCCACACCAGCCACAGAGGGCACGGGAACCCUGGACGAGGAGGCUGUCCAUUCGGAGCCAGCGGGCCCCGCCGAGCACUGAGUCAGCGCCGAGCGGCCUCCCUUUGUGCACGCGGCCCAGUGCCACUCAAAAGACACAUCGGGGGCAUCGCGGUUCUCCACGGCUCCCAGUGACCAUCUCCUCCACCCAUCCUUGUGCUCCUUGGCUCCGCUGAAUUCCUCUUCCGCUUCAUACUUCUCCGAGAGCAAGCUGGGCCUGGCGCAGGCUCCCCCAGUGAACCCGGAUAACCGAGAUGGCCACCUCGGGGUGGGGGAGCUUGGGCUUCCGGUCUCUGAGCCCAGCAGCCCCAGGGAGGCAGGGCCCACUGGCACCACUGCUUUCAUCAGCCAGCCUCCCCAGGCCCAGCAUCCUCAGUGUGCCCGGAAGGAGAGACAGGGUCACUUUAGGUAGAAACUUAUAGAAAAGCAAACUUCGAUAAAUAUCUCCUUUGGGUAUUUAUUUCCACUUUUGGCAGCAGCUGAAAAGCAUUUAUUUUAAAAGCAUCUAUUUAAAAGAAAAAAAAAAAAAAGAAAGGAAGCAAUCCAAAAAAAAAUCCUCAACGCUGAGGUUUGAUGUCAUGUGAAAAGUGUAAUAUUACUGUUAAGAUUUCAUUUUCGUUUUCCCUUGAACUUCCCAUGUUUUGAUUUAGAGUUCUCAGUCAGGCUUUCUCCGUUUUCUUAAGUGAUUCUUAUUUCUCUAUUACUCAUUAACUCUGCAAGCCUGUGGGAUGAUAAAGCACCUCCCAGGAAAGUAUAGAGUAUUUUUUAAACAAAGUGAGGGAGAUGCAUGUAUUCUCAGGUACGCACAGAGUGGGGAGGGCCAAAAGUUUCUCUGCGAGGCGGCAGGGGGCCUGGCAUUACCUGGAAGAUCUUUCCUGAAAGGGGACCAUGCAGUCAGCUCCUGGCUUAAGACCCAAUUCCUCAUCUCUCUGGACUGAAACCGAACACGACAGGUGUCCAGCAUCACCAGAGCUGUUGCCAUCUCUGUCUAAGAAAGAACCAUUUGGGGCCGUGGUGGGAAGAAAACGCCACGGAAGGCACCCCCACGGUGCCCGCCGCUCGUACUUCUCUGCAGGACACCCCAGCUCCUGACCAGCUGCGAGGGUGUGACCUCGGAGCUCGCAGAGUCAUCCUGGGAGCUCGGAGUUUGUCACUCUUCCUCUUGGAUGCCGCUGCAAAGACACAAGCUUGUUUGUAAAGUGAACUCCCCACCAAGUUCCUUCUCCCUGUGGGCUGGCUGUGUGGGGCCAGUUUGUCACCACAUCCAGUAAAGCAGUCAAGCGCCCCUCCCUUCCUUCUGGUCAGUGCUGAGACCUCCCACAACUUUCCUGCCCGUGUCCACCAGGGGUGUAGCACACACGGUGUCGGUGUCGGUGUCGGCCUGAGGAGAUGCUCUGAGUGCCCAUCAUCCACCUAUUAGAGGACACGGUCCUCACCACCUCCUUCAACCCAUCUGCAGCGACAGGGCCAGCCAGGGCCAGAUUUCAACCUCCUGAAGGAAACGGUGAUCCCAAAGAGGAGGAGGAGGAAUACCUAAGGGGACAGGUGUCUGUCUGUUCAUCAGGAGCCUCCCAGGUAGCUGUGCCCACCCAGCUUCAACAAAGAGAAGACCCAGCUCAGAAAGGAGGCCGUUUAGGCCGAAAUUCAGGGUCCCCAGCAAGAGGGACAAGCUACGACCAUCAGCAGAGCCAGGCAGGACGGAAGAAGGGGAGGACAAUCCAUGGCGAGAAAGAGGGUGCCAUCAGGGAUGAUGGCACCCCGAUCCUCCAACAGCCAGCCACAUGUCCUGCUAGGAUAGAACAGGCCAACCCCAGGGCCAGACACUUCUGGUUUUCAGAUGACUCUGGGGCAGCAGAAAUGAGAAGGCAAGUGACUUUCUGGGCCAGUGGCAUUAUUGGGAGGAACAAACCCGUGCAGGUAGACCCAGGUCCCUCCCCAGGACCUCCAGCCUGCCUUCUGAAGUGCAGCGGUUCCAGGUGGCUUUGUGGCUGCCAAAUACCGAAGGAGAAAGGUCUGGGCAUGGGAGACAGCAUACUGAGGGGACCUGCAGUAGCAUCGCCCAGGCCCGGGGAGCUGAACACAGCCUAGCUUGUCAAACAAAAGGUACAGAUCAGGACAGGCUUCUGCCCCACGGCCCUGGCCAGCGGCAGGCCUCUCUCAGGGCCCUGCAGGCUUGGUCUCACUGUGGCCCACAGCCAACCAGCAGGUCGCCUGAGCAGGAUGCCUUUAGGUACAUAGGUGGGGAAUGCUUUAACCAGGGUCCCAGGACACCUUGCUUUUGAGGAGGAGGGUGUGCGUCCUUGUGCUGGGAGUUCUGGGGUCCGGAGGAGGCAGGCAGGGCUUUGGCUCCGAUGAAGGUCCCGCCUCACUAGGGCUUGGCCAUCUUGGCAACAAUGGGCACAGCUAUGUUUUCAAGAGCGCCCAGCAAAACUAACAGCGGGCACACUCCCAGGCUGACCAGUCCAUACAGAGCACUGGGUCUCUGGGGCCGGGCAGAGAGGUAGGGCCAGGAAUUCUUGGCGAAUAUGGAGAAGGAAGCCAUAGUCUCUGACCCACAGGUCCUAGGCUCAGAUCUCUGGGGUCAGUCUCAGCCAGCCCGUCCAGUCCCCUAUCUCUGCAUCCCGACAGAGGCAGGGGCCGGGGCCGGUCCCACCCUCCCCAAGUCCACAUUGGGCCCCUUGGGUUUGCCAGGUCAGGGCAGGGUUGGCCACAUGAACCCCCAAACCACAGCUUUGAAAUUUGCUGUGGAGUAGUGCGUGUCCUUUCCGGUUUGAAGGCUCGAGCAAGUGAGGGCACCUCUCCCCACAGGUCAGAUGAGGGGAGCUCAGGAGCUCCCCUGGGAAGAGCAGGGGGCCAACCCCAAAGCCACGGCAGAUGCCCCCAUCCCAGGAAAGGGCGGGCAGGAGGGCCCUCCCCUCUCCGCUUCCCCUCCAUCAAGCCUGUCCUGCUCACCGCUCUCCUACACACCGGGGUGAGUGAAGGGACACUCCCCCUCACAGACAUCCGCGAGAUGUCUCUAAGAUCUCAAGAUGCACUGUAAAAAAAAGAAAAGAAAAAAAAAGGCAUGGGGCGAACUGAUUCUCAUCUUUUCUAGACGCAAUAAAUAAGAAAUAUUUCAUAUAGUCAUGUGGACACUGCGUAAACUGUGUUUCUUAUGUUCCUCUGAGCUGAAACUGUGUAAAUAACUCUUGUCCCAGAGCGGAGCAGGGCUGGGAAACCUCCUGCUUCGGGGACCCGGGACUGUUCCAGGGAAGUACCUGCUCUCGCCAGUGUGACUCAGGCUUCAUGAGUACUGCACAGCGGGGUGGAAUGAAAACUGGAACUUCCUUGUAAUUUUGAACUUGGCAAUAAAAUCGAGUUACCAGAA